CGGCCNGACAGGUCUCCGACAUCCCCGGAGGAUGGAAGAGAAAAGAAUGCUGUGUGACUUCUUUGAAGAGGAGAACCUUACCAGUCCCAGGGAGGAGAGCACUGAAGGUGAUGUGAAGACAUUUUGGACACAGCUGGGAGGUAGAAGAGUAGAUGUCAUAUUUGAGCAAGUGCAAAAUGUGCUGUCGGUGCUGAAGGAAAAGAUCAAGAAUGGAACUGCAACAAACCAAGAAUGCUGGCAGGCUUGGGCACUUGUGAAUGAGGCCAAUCUAGGUGAUCUCUUAACCUUGGCAGAUGUAAGCGAUGAGUUGAAUGGAGAUGGUACACAGGAAACCAAACCCAACCUGCAGCCUCUUCUUCCAGAUGUCAAUGCUGCAGACGCUGUAGAAGCUUCUGACAGUGGAAAAGAAGACAUGGAAAGAACCUGCUCAGAGAGUAAAGAAGCAUCUAGCAAAAUUCAAUGUUUGUCUUUAAAUGUGCAAUAUCAGAACCACAAGUGCUCUAGUGCAUGUCUUGCCAGUAGAGCAGCAGGCUCCUACAAGGGUGAAAAUCCUCUGAAGAUCCCAAUCCUGUUUGACUUUCAAAGACGCCAUGCAAAAGCAGACUGCCUUUCGAAGCCACUGGAUGUGAACUACAAAGCUCCUUGCGGUCGGAGUCUGAGAAGCUUUCGAGAUGUACGAAAUUACUUGUUUGAAACAGAGUGCAAUUUCUUAUUUGUUGAUCACUUCUCCUUCAACACAUAUGUGCUGUUGGGCAGGAACACCAUGAAUCCCGAGCCCCUCGUGUUUGAGUUCGAUAUUAGCAAUGGAGCAGAGUCUGUGCCUGUCUCCUUCUAUAACAGUCUCGACCAUGCAAGAUUGCCUUAUUUCAAGUAUCGGAAGUCGUCAUGGCCUCGUGGAUAUUAUCUCAACAAUUUCUCCAGCCUGUUUGUUGAUUCCUGUGACUGCACAGAUGGCUGCAUUGAUAGGUCCAAAUGUGCAUGUCUACAGCUAACAGCAAGGGGCUGUAGUAAAAUUCCUCUGUCACCAAGUAGUAAAAGAUCCCAUGGAUACCGUUACAAAAGACUGGAGGGACCUGUUCCUAGUGGGAUUUAUGAGUGUAGCGUAUUGUGCAGGUGUGACAAGCUGAUGUGUCAGAACAGAGUUGUACAGCAUGGCAUUCAAGUCAGGCUGCAAGUGUUCAACACAGAGAAGAAGGGCUGGGGUGUCCGCUGCCUGGAUGACAUCGACAAGGGGACAUUUGUUUGUACUUACUCAGGCAGAUUAAUGAGCAGAGCUGAAGUAUUGGGAGAUGCUGAGCAAGAGCUGAAGGAGAAAAGUGCAGUGAAUGACAGAGGCCAUGACUUUUCUUCCAGAAAAAGAAAACUUGACAUUGAUCGUUCAGACUCAGUGGUUGAACUAGUGCAGACUGACAAAAAUGACAUUCUUGAGAAUCAGGAAUCUUUGUCUCAGACUGUGGAUAAUGAAAAUAAAUCAAGCCUGGUUCAUCUAAAGAACUCAAGUAAUGCAACUGUGGGAGGUCCUGGAACAAGAACACUUGUUUUUCACAAUCACCAGCUAAAAAUGGUGCACAGUGUCAGCUCAGAUGAAGAUGAUUGUUCUCAGAUUCAUCAGUCAAGCAAAACAAAACUAAUGAGUGGAACCAAGAAAGGAAAAGAAAAAUCCACGCAGAAGCAGAAGGAAGAACAUCUGAUGGAAGUUGGACAGACUGACUCUGCUGGUGUACAGAGUGCAGGAUGCAAAAGAAAGAGUCUGUCACUGCAGAGUGUUCAUUGUCGCAAGUCCAGUGUGCUGGAUGACACAUGUAUUGUGAGGCCAUCCAAUAAUGCACCCCUAAAAGCUGACUGCAAAGGAAAUAGCAGGCAGCCAAAACAAGAUGCACUUUGUGAGGAGUCUGAUGGUGAUGGGAUGCUUCCCAAGAAUGAUAAUGAAGGAAAUAUUUAUGUACUGGAUGCCACAAAAGAAGGAAAUGUGGGUCGUUUUCUAAAUCACAGCUGCUGCCCAAAUCUCUUUGCACAAAGUGUGUUUGUAGAAACUCACAACAGAAGUUUUCCAUGGGUGGCAUUCUUCACAAACAGACAUGUGAAAGCUGGAACCGAACUCACGUGGGAUUAUGGUUAUGAAGCUGGAAGCAUGCCAGAGACAGAGAUUUCCUGUCACUGUGGAGUUCAGAAGUGCAGGAAAAAUUUUCCUGCUCCAGGUGCUUUCUGGAUAAUGGCGAAGAUGGUGAGAAGAAGAUGUGCAUUUUGUUCAGAAGGGGAGGCUGGCUCUGUGAUGUAUAUCGCCACAGAGAGAGAUAUUGCAGCUCAUCAGGAUUGUCUGUUAUUUUCCUCAGGAUUUGUGGAAUCUGAAGAUCAGAACCCAGAAAAUCUGGAAAUAAGGUUUGAUGUGUCAUCAGUGUUAAAAGAGCUCAGGAGAGGAAAGCGGCUGGUGUGCAACUUCUGCCGCAAGAAGGGGGCCACGGUGGGCUGUGAGGAGCGCACGUGCCGCAGGAGCUACCACUUCUUCUGCGCGCUCUGCGAUGACGCAGCCGUGGAGACCGACCAGGUCAACGGCAUCUACCGAGUGUUCUGCCCAAAACAUGACCCAGGGAAUAGGACCAAUCACUAUGAUGCAGCAAAUAAGAAAAGAAGACGUACAUUGACAUCUCCCACCAUCACAGAAGAAAUGAGUACAGAAGAGACAGCAGAAGAAAACCAUUUACGAAUACUAAAACGAAAGAACAACAGGCAUAAAGUUCGAAUAGACUUCGUUAGGAAGUGCAAACAAGCUGGGCUUCUGGAUGACAUAUUUGAAGAAAUGCUGGACACACUUCACCUGGCUCAGGAAAAACUGAUGGAUGACAACACUUCAGAAACAGAGUAUGAAGAGACAGUGAUGGCACUGUUUGACUGUGGACUGUUUGAAAAUAUACUGACAAAUAUUCAUUCAGGAACAGAAGAAAAAAUCCAGAAACUUCUGGAAAACAGAAAAAGACUGGAUCACAAGAUUGAGCUACUGCAGGAUGUAAAAGAAGUCAUCCUUCCUCCUCCAGAGAACAUGGCCAGUACAUCAAGUACGAUGUCUGAAUAACCCCUGUCUGUGAUGGUGCAAGAGUUAAGAUUUUCUAAUGAUAAAAACCAUAGAGCAGUCAGGUCAGUGCCCAAUUCCCCAGCUGCAAGCAGGGGCUGAAUGGGUGCAAGAAUGAAGUGUUAUUUUUAUACCUCACUGUUGUAAUAAUUUAAAGUUCUUCAAGUGUUCAAAUCUUCAUCUUCAAAUUUUUCCCUGAUUUCACUAUAAAUUUUCAUUUGUAUUCCACAAUGGAAUAUAAAUGAAUGUUUUAAAGUAAAUUUAGCUUUUACAAAAACUCAAGAAAACUCUCCACUGAAGACCUUUUUCUCAAAGCUAAGGCAGUGUUCAGCUGUCACAGAACACUUGCUAAAGUCACUUUAACUGUGGGAGCCGUUUCUUGGCUGGGCUCCUAGACCAUGGUGCUGCUUUGGCUUUCCCAAAAAAUAUAAAUGAGCAGAACUUGCACUCAAGGAAGCUUUCUGGAUUAUAAACAGGAGUUUCAUUUUAAAAGCCCAGUUUUUCUUUAUUGACUGGUCAAGGUGUAGCUGUUUCUGCUGUAAUGGCAGUGGUAAAGCAAUGUUUGCAGGCAGACCAGAGAGGGUAGGGCAUUAGACUCAGAAAACAUACAAUGGAAAAUUGAGAAAAACAGUGACUAGAUCUUCCUUUCACUAUUAAGAGAGGGUUCAACUUUCAUAUAUUGUUUGAAUACAGCAAAGCAUUGUUUAGCCACAACAGACUAAGUAUAUAAAAUAAAACAUUUUUUAAAGGAGCUGUGUGUGGAGUUGUGCUCCCUGUCCCUGGUGCUGCACAGGAUUUGGCCAAGAAGGGGGAGUCCUGUCAGACUAUUCUUUACCCAGCCUUUGGCUGAGGAAUGAGCAGAGCACUGGAAAACACCACUUGGCCUGACACCAGUGAGAUCCUGUUACAACAGCUGUACUCGGAAUUCCUCACUUGAGCUUGUUCUAUAGGAAGAUGGGGAUUGAUAAGCACAGAAUAAUAGCAUUCAAAAAUGAGCUCUUGAACUACAAGAUGUGCGUGAUUCAAUAAAAUAAUAGUAAUUUUAAUUACUUACACAGUUCAAGUCUCCUGCCCUUCUGGGCCUAAAACUAUCACCAGUUUACUGCCCAAGCUCAGGACUUGAGUGCCACUCAGCCUAAAAAAACACCCACCUAAACCAAAAAUGCAUUAACAAGGAGCUCUGUUAUUAAACACAAGAAGAAUGUUAAAGAUGUCCAUACAUACCUUUGGAAGGGUUACAGCCACUUAAGGAUGACUUAGUAUAAAAAAAAUCAGAUUAAUAGAGUGAAUCAUUGAGGUCUAAAAUCAGUGCCUACAAAGAAAUUUGCUCAUUUCUGAAAUCAAGAUCACAGGUAUUUUGUCAGGCACAGUGAAAUCAGCAAGAUUCAUUGUAUGGGGUGAGUUGGGUUUUGGCUUUAAUUGGUGUCUGUUUGGGUUUUCCUUUGUUGUUUUGAUGAGGUUUUUUAAAUGAAGCAACUUAGAUGCUGUAUGUAACACAAAAAGCUUGCAAAUGUUCUACAAAAUCCAAAGUUUUCUAGCGGAGAGGUACAAAAAAGUAUUUUAUUACAUGUAGUUUAAAUUUAGACAAUAAUUAAAAGCAAAACCCCACCCUGCUUUCCCUUCCCCCUCCAAGGGAACCAACAUCAUCUGAAGUCACUGAAGAGUGGAAUUAUUUCCAUUAAGCAUUAUAAAUAUUGCUUGAAGAUUACACAAAGUACACAUUACAACUUAUAUUAAAAUAUACCCAAAUAUAGAGAUUUACUUCAAAUUAGUUUUCCUAGUAGCUCCUUUCUUCAAAGUCACUUGCUUAGGCCUUGAGGAUACAUAAUUUUUGCACACUUAAAGCACUGGAUACACUUGGUUAAUUACACACAGCAAAUGGCCAAUUCAUUCACAAUCAUGCAAAUGCAGGAAGAGAUAACCAUGCCAUUUGCUUCUCUAUAAUCCCAGAGAGUUAAUGAUUUAAGUGACAUCAUUCAGUGGCUCAGAUCAGACUAUUUUCCAACCCCAAACAGUAAACUGGAAA